UUUCUUUAGACAGACACUUCUAUUUUCCGGUUACUUUCAAAUCGAAAUUCCGAACCGGAAACAGAAAUUAAGAAGGAAAAGAAAAAACAGAAAAAAGAAAAAGGUAAAAUGAUACUUGCAGUAUUGUUUGCCAAUGUGGAAGGCAACAUCUUGAUCGAACGAUUUAGUGGAGUUCCAGCUGAGGAGCGAUUGCAUUGGAGAUCUUUCUUAGUUAAGCUGGGGGCGGAUAAUCUUAAAGGUGUAAAAAAUGAAGAGCUUCUUGUUGCUUCCCACAAGUCAGUGUAUAUUGUGUACACAGUGCUUGGGGAUGUCAGCAUUUUUGUUGUUGGCAAGGAUGAGUAUGAUGAACUUGCCUUGGCAGAAGUCAUCUUUGCUAUCACCUCAGCCGUGAAGGAUGUAUGUGGGAAGCCUCCGACUGAGCGACUUUUCCUUGACAAGUAUGGAAAGAUAUGCUUAUGCCUGGACGAAAUAGUUUGGAAGGGAUUGCUGGAGAAUACUGACAGGGACAGAAUUAGAAGAUUGAUGAGACUAAAACCUCCAACAGAUUUCUGAGUAGAAAAGCUGGUUCGUGUAAUCAGAAAAAUGGCGAUGGUCCUUUGGUUUUUGUAUCAUAUGGAAAACACAGUUGAUCUUGUUGUCUCGAAAUGAUUGCCAUUGUUAUUUGUCCACACUGUAUUUCUUUUGUACUUAAUUUUCUUCUAUUUAAGAUCCUGAAUUUGUUGUCU